AUGCAACUGCUGAACCAUCAUAAACGACCCUGUGAUUCUAUUAGCUUUGGCUAUGCUAUUAUUAUCCUAACUAGUUUUGUUUUCAAAACAACAUAUGCUGAAUACGAUUGUUCAGCAAAAGAUGACGGCUGGUAUUAUGAUCCAGAAUUUUGCCAUAUGUAUUGGCGUUGCAUUCAUGGCUCAUCAGAAGAAUUUGAAUGCGCUAGUGGGACAGCUUGGGAUCAUCAUGAGAAUCGUUGUAAUUGGCUUGAUACUGUAGAUUGUUCACGUACUGAAAAGACAACAUCAAAAAUAAAGUCGAACGAUGACGACGAUGAACAAGACGAUGAUAAUGAAGAAAACGAUGAUGCACCUGUCAUCUCUGCUAGUAAAUCAAAACGAGCGAGAAAAGGAUCGAAAAAAUUGAAUGGUGGCACCGAUGAAGACAGCGAUCUCUUGUAUUUAACUGUUUGUCAAGCAAAUUCAUCAGCUGAAUUAUUUUGUUCUGGCCGUGAUGGAUUUUUUGCUGAUCCUGAUUAUUGCACGAGAUAUUAUCGAUGUGCGCAUGGCGUUGAUCAAGGAUUUGAAUGUCCAAAACGUACUGCAUGGGACGAAGAAACAAAAUCGUGCGCAUGGAUUGAUCAGGUGAACUGUGAUCAAAAGAAAGUCGACUAUUCGACAAAUACAACAACAUCACAUAAAAAAUCCAACACAGACUCUGUACUAUCUGAACCAAGUGUAAGUGUAAUCAUCGCACCAACACACGGAAAAGAUAGUAGCGGUGGCGGCAUAUCAGCCAUUGAUUGUCAAUCAACUGGAACGUAUACUGUUGCUGAUCCAGCUGAAUGUAAUGCUUAUUUUCAAUGUGAUAAAGGUAUACGAACACGACUCAAUUGCCCAGAAAGACAAUUAUUUGAUGCUGAUAAACGUCUUUGUAUGGAAUAUGAACGAGUCUUUUGUGGAGCACGAGCUGCUAAUUUAGCUGAUAAAAAUCAAUGUAUCAGUAAACGUGAUGGUAUUCAUCCGGAUGUAGAACGUGACUGUCAUUAUUAUUAUCAAUGCGUAUCAAAAAAUAAGAUGCGCGAAGCUAAAUGUCCAGGUGACCAAAAAUUUAGUAGUUUUACAGGAAAAUGUGGUUCAGCAAGUAGUGCUCCGAUGCCAUGCGGUACUUAUAUUCCAGGAAGUGCAGCAAUGCAAUUUAAUCGAAAUAUUGGAUUCUUGAUCUCAGCUGUUGUAACAACGAUUCUCUUCAUUGGUUUUGAUUUAUAA